AUGAGAGGAGGUGAUGUGAAUCUUGCUUGUGUUGGUGAGGAGGGGGUCAACCCUCCUUGGGACCUGCUAAGGGUGGCUGUGCUGGGCGUGGCAGACACUGCUGUGAUAGCAGCGCUGCGACCCCUAUGCCUGGCGAUGUCAGCGUGGGACAAAGGGCAGUUUCUCUUUAUGGCAUCUGGGCCGACUGCCUUCGGGGGUUAUGAUCCCAAGGUAGGACAUUUCGGUGUUUCCCCUUGGGAGAGUCGUCGUGUUGGGAGUUGGGGGAUCUCACCAGCUGGUAGGGCUGACGUAAUUAUUAUACUUAAACCAUUCAUAAAUGGAACUAUCAAGCUUUUAUUAAACUUCUGUUUUGUGCAGGGAUUUUACCUUCCAUGGGCUUUGCUAGCUCUGGAUUUAAUAUUUGGAAAUCGUUUAAAGCCAAACAUCCUAGGGAUGCUUGUAGGACACCUAUAUUACUUUUUAACAGUGCUUCAUCCUCUUGCUGGUGGGAAGUUCAAGUUCAAGACUCCUCUGUGGAUUCACAAAAUAGUGGCAUAUUGGGGAGAGGGUACACAAAUAAAUGCCCCAGUGCAAUCAAAUCCAUCAGAUGGAAUUGUAUUCAGAGGAAGAAGCCACCGUCUUGGUGGGACUCAAAUAACAACAAGAAGCACUGCAGAGCAAACUAAUAGGAAUGGUUCCUCCCCACAACAGCAGAAUCAGGGUGAUGGAAUUGCUUUCCGCGGAAGAAGUUACCGUUUAAAUGGAUGAGUUUGGUAACAUGAUAUGUUCAUAUGGCAUGAUUUUCAAUGUUUUUGUUGCUUACUGGUUGAUGCGAAGUAUUGAUUGCUAUUGAACCUGAACCUAUUUGAUGUUAGCCAAGUUAGAUUACUUUAAAAUGCUAUAAUCCUUCUACUAAAACAAAUUGCUAUAAUCCUUGUAUCUCUUGGCACAAUUGGAUCUAUGGAAGUGAAAAAACCGUUGCAGUUUGGAACACGA